CCCGUCUCAGAAAUAGGCGCUCUGCUCUGCGCUACAACAUACACGUUUUGACAUAUACUGUAUAGCACUUGUGGGCCACACAACUCUCCGUUGUCUCAAACUUGCACGCCUCGAUUCUACUCUAACUCUGCUCGCGCUCGGGCAAAGUCGCGUGGCUACGCGCCGUGGACGAUUUCAUCGCUACGGUGUACGGUCUGACUCGCGCUGUCGCUCUCCCCACGGGCGGAGCGGACCAGCGCCGCGUCAGGUCGUGGGGCAAAGCACAUCGUGUGCAGCUCAGGACGAGUCUCAGACUUCGGCUGCGGUGAUGACAAGCAUGUAACCAUUGGGCGCAGCCGGCAGCCCCCGAUGGAGCGCGAGCAGGCCGGGGCCGGCGCCAGCAGCAGCAACAGCAGGGCCCGCGUCGGCACUGGCGGUGGGACUGGCUGCAGCAGCGCCCGUGCAGGGACCCACACUCCCGAUUGCCACAGUGGCAGUGGGGAAGCAGUGGCCUGCAGUGCCACACGGCGCAGCGGGCACACAGCCGUGGACCCAGUUGCGGGCGGGCCCGCGCCGCCGCCGCCCACAACCCAGCGGUUGCAGUCACCACCACGGAGGCGGCAGCGGGCACCGGCGCCGCGCCUGCGGGUGGCAAUGCACACAGCGGCGGCGGCAGCACGGCAGCUGCUACAGUCUCUAGCUUCUCUGCUACUGUCGCUGCUACUGCCGCUGCUACUGCCGCUGUUGCGGAUACUAGCGAUGCGCACCGGUGCUUGGGCGGAGCCCUCUCGCCGUAGACCAGACCGGUCGCCGCCGCCGCCACCGUCACUGCCAACAAAGGCGGCGGCGGCAGCGGUGGCGCUGGUAUGGCUGCUGGCGGCGGCGCAGUCUCCACACCCGGCCGCCGCCGCUCGCGCCCGGGCCGCGGCGCCGCCCCCGCCGCCGCUUAGUUUCGGCAUGGCGACAUUGCAGGCGCGCUACCCCAACCACAGCUGGUCCACUCCAGUGGUGGUCACGGUCACGCCGCGUGGCCCCACGCGCACCUCGCGGCCGCCCAUACCCUUCAUACAGGUUCGUAACCACAGCGAUCAGGCGCCGCUGUACGACGAGAACCUGGAGCUGGACCUGGCGCCCUGGCGGCGGAGGGCGGCGGCGGCGGCAGCAGCAGGGGAAGCGGGCGCAGGGGGAUCAGGAGGUGCAAAGGGAGCAGCGGGCGGCGGCGGCGGGCUGCGUGUGUCGGCGCUGGUGGAGUGGGCGCUGACACGGCUGCCGUUCAAGGCCUCACAGCGGCUGGUGGUCAUCCGGGGCGGGCGUGUGGGGCUCAUAGAUCACCCGGGGCGGCUGGGCAACACGCGCCAGGGCGCGGACACGGAGGACUCACAGCAGGAGGCGGAGGCGGUGGCGGCGGCGGCGGCGGGCGGCGCGGGGGCCUCCCUGGGCGGCGGCGGGUUGCGGGUGGAGGUGCUGGGGGAGUGCCCCAAGCCCUGUGACCCCAUCCUGGCAGACCUGCUGGAGGACCUGCGCGCCUGGGUGUCGGCGUCCCCGGCCGACUGGCCCGACGCCCUCUUCCUGCUCAACACCGCCGACACCAGCCUGUGCGCGCAGCCGCCGCAACAGCAGCAGCAGCAGCAGCAGGAGGGGGCGGCGGAGCAGGAGGGACAGAGCGGCGGCGGCGGCGGCGAGGAGGCGGGGGGCGGCAAGCGGGGCGGGCGGGGCAAGGGCAAGGCCAAGCACGGGCCGUGCCCAGCCCCUGUGCUGUCGAGCAUCAAGGAGUGGGGCAAGUACAAGGACGAGGACGUGCUUGUGCCCAUCACUGUGGGCAUGCACCGCUGGCGCCCGCUGGCCUACUUCCCCUGGCGCUCCAAGCUGGACGUGGCGGCGUGGCGCGGCCGCGAGUACUGCCACACCCGGCCCACCGGCUACACCGGCGACACCUGCAGCAGGACCUACCUGGCCGGCCUGUCCGCGUUCAGUGAGGAGUGGGGCCGGCUGGUGGAUGUGGGCUUCGUGGACAACUACACCGCGCGCGGGGCGGAGGGGCAGCCCCUGGUCAUACCCGCACGCGGCUUCGUACCCACACAGGAGCUGGCACGGUUCAGGUACGUGCUGGCGCUGGACGGCAUCACGGCCUCCUCCCGUCUGGCCCGACUGCUGUCCCUCAACAGCGUGGUGGUCAAACAGACCUCCCCCUGGAUUGAGUGGUACUACCGCUCGCUGGUGCCGGGCACCCACUACGUGACCUUCUGGAACCACCACCGCACAGACCUGCUCAACACACUGCGGUACAUCCGACACAAGAGCCGCUACCUGCUGGACGUGUCCGUACACGGCCAGGCGUUCGCCUACCGCUACCUGACCCCCACGGCGCGGCGGCUGUACUGGCAGCGGGCGGUGUCCGGCUAUGUGGGCCUGUUUGGAGACAUGGAGUCCUACAUGGCGGGACUGGUGUGGCCCUCUUGACACACCACCACCACAUCAGCGCCGGCGACCAGCAGCCGGCGACAGCAGUUGGCGCAGCCCAUGGCGCGGACGUGCGGACGUGCGGGGGGGGGGGGGGCUUGUGCAUCAGGGCCCGCGGACCUCGGGCUCCGGGGAAGCCAGGGGCAGCCAAAGAACAGGUUGCAUGUGAUGUGGGGAAUGAAAGCGGUUGUGAGGGGAUGUGGUUGCUCUGCACAUGUUGGGUGUGCCCAUGUCGGCUGCUGUUGCAGGCAGGGGUCUGUGUGUUUCAAGUCUUGUGCCCGGCCUGCCUAAUGUGAUGUACCCGGGUCGGUCCCCCACUGGUGGGAUGGGGGGCUUAGGGUAGUGUUCACCAGGCGUUCAGUGGGCCUUGCUUGGUGUGAUUAACGCAAGCUCGUAGUAUUGAAUUUGAUUGAGAGGCUGGGACUUUGGCAAUGUCGUCCAAAGCAAAACCUGGAGAACCCACCACAUGUGUGCCAAGCUGAGGGUCGGGCGGGUCUGGGAUUACGCCAAUGCAAACUGCCCA